AUGCCAUGCGAUGCAGCGAGCCAGGAUCGGAAGGAUAUGCUUGCAUACAAAGACAGGGAUAAAAAGCCAAAUAAGAGACUCGGACUAGAUCCAUUCAUCGCGCGAUGGAUCUCCUGGCUGACCCCGGAGGUUGGAUCCGGCUCCACGGUUACAGCAAUACAGCAUUACCGCCCUGACAGCCCCCUGACAAUACCGUACCAGCCCGUACAACUUUACAACAGUGACAUCGGGCCAACUAGCACUUCGCUUCCAGACGACGAUCAUCAAUCAAGACAGGUAAAUACCUCUCUGUGGCGAGUUCUUUGUUUAACUUACCACUGCAGCAUCUUCCCGUCAAUGGAUAAGGCCAUGUCGGCGUCUCGAUUUGUGGUCCGCUGCCUGCGGCCCUCUGCUGCCUUCCACUCUUCCAAGCUGACGACGACGGCGUUCACGCAAUCUCGUGCAUUCGGUACCUCGGUUGUCCGUGCAAAAGACCUGAACGAUCGCGCCCCUUCGACGGCACCUGAGCACCGCGAGUACCAGAAAUCGAGACCGCUCAAUCCUCAUGUGACCGACUCGACGUCGACCCAGACCAAUGACUACUCCAAAGUCGGGGAGAAGAAUGCUCCUCCGGAGCUCCUUACCUCCAUCGACCCGGAUUACAAGCCAGCACAACCGUACACCGGUAAGGUUGAGCAUUUCACCGGCGGCCUCCAGUCGUCCGGACCGCGGAAGCCCGAAUUGGAUGUAGGCGAGAUGGAGGGGAUUUCGUUCAAGGUCGAGCCGCUGCGACGGCAGGGUGAAGACCCCAGCACGAUGCGGGCAAGGUUACUUUACCAGAGUCGGAAGAGAGGCAUUCUCGAGACAGAUCUACUGCUCUCCACCUUCGCUGACGCACACCUGGCCGAUAUGACACCGAAGCAAAUGGAGGAAUACGACCGCUUCCUCGACGAGAACGACUGGGACAUCUACUAUUGGGCGACGCAGGAGCCCAAAGAGGCGGAGACAACGGCUUCGUCUGCCGCCGCAGACGCUGGCUCUGCCGUCAAGGACGAACCGACGGAGACGUGGAAGCAAGGAGCCGCCAAAUCGGGCGAAUGGGCGCAAACUGUCGGGGCGUUUAAGCCGGCUUACCGCCCUGUGCCGUCCAGAUGGGCCAACUCAGAGAUCUUAGCCAUGCUGAGAAAGCAUGUGAAGGACAAGAGCGCAUCCGGAUUCCAGGCCGCAAAGGACCGGAGAAACGGCGGCGGGCUGGGACGGAUGCCCAAUAUCAAGAUUUUUAACUCGUGA